CUCUGAUAUGUGUUUGAUAUCUUUAUUUUUAAGCGAAUGAAGUGGUUUGGUUGCUGUUUCGUGUUGUCUGUGGUUGAUUUUAACAUUUGUGUUCAGAUAAGACUAAGAUUGUGUGUUUGAGUGACCGCUGUUUCUGGACUCUCAGGAUCCGUUCAGCUGAAUGAUUAGUUUGUCAUUUCCACACAGAGACAGAGUAAGUGCUGGAGAUCUCACUCUUCAUCAUGAAUCACACACAAACACCACAAGAUCAGGAUUUCUCUCCAGGAUGCAGUUCAGUUCAUCAGAAGAGAUCAGAAGCAGAGCCCAGCUGUGUGUCUCUGAGGAGUGAUGCUUCUUUGCAUCGCCCAAUUCAUUUUAUGAAGACUGAUGAGUCUAGAUGUCUUCCUCAAAGUUUCAGUUCAGUUCCUCAGAAGAGAUCAGAAGCAGAGCCCAGCUGUGUGUCUCUGAGGAGUGAUGCUUCUUUGGAUCGUCCAAUUCAUUUUAGCCACAAUGACACAAGGUCAAUCCUGCAACACAGAUCAGAAACAAAACCCUUCUGUAAGAAAUAUGACCAGUCUAUGAAUCAACCACAACACAACACGUAUCCUGGUGUGAGCCAUGGGGUCCUCAACACAUUCAGAUCAAAUCUGAAGCAGAAGUUUGAGCGUCUGUAUGAGGGAACAGCGACACAGAGAAACUCAACACUCCUGAAUGAGAUCUACACAGAGCUCUACAUCACAGAGAGUGAGAGUGGAGAGAUCAGUAAUGAACAUGAGGUGAGACAGAUUGAGACACAAUCCAGGAGACCAGCAACCGAGGACACAGCCAUCAAAUGUAGUGACAUCUUUACACCUUUACCUGGACAAGACAAAGCCAUCAGAACUGUGCUGACAAAGGGAGUCGCUGGCAUUGGAAAAACAGUCUCUGUGCAGAAGUUCAUCCUGGAUUGGGCUGAAGGGAAAGAGAAUCAGGACGUCCAGCUCAUAUUUCCACUUCCUUUCAGAGAAAUCAAUCUGAUGAAGGACAAAACACUCAGUCUUUCAGAUCUUCUUCAUGUGUUUUUCCCUGAAACUAAAGAAAUGGAAAUAUCCAGUGAUGAAUAUAAAGUGUUGUUCAUCUUUGAUGGUCUGGAUGAGUGUCGUCUGUCUCUGGACUUUAAGAGUGAAGUGAAACUGUGUAAUAUAUCUGAAUCAGCCUCAGUGGACGAGCUGCUGAUGAACCUCAUUGUGGGGAAUCUGCUUCCCUCUGCUCUCAUCUGGAUCACCUCCAGACCAGCAGCAGCUGAUCUCAUCCCGUCUGAGUGUGUCCAUCGAGUGACAGAGGUACGAGGCUUCAAUCAGCCACAGAAGGAGGAAUACUUCAGGAAGAGAAUCAGUGAUCAGAGUCUGGCCGACAGGAUCAUCUCACACCUGAAGUCAUCAAGGAGCCUCUACAUCAUGUGCCACAUCCCAGUGUUCUGCUGGAUCUCAGCCGCUGUUCUGGAGAAGAUGUUGAGUCGAGGAAAGAGAGGAGAGAUUCCCAAGACUCUCACUCAGAUGUACACACACUUCCUGAUCCUUCAGACCAACAUCAAACAUGAGAAGGACUAUGAGAAGAAGGUGACAGAUGAAGACAUGAUCCUCAAACUGGGGAAAGUGGCUUUUGAGGAGCUCAUGAAAGGAAACCUGAUCUUCUAUGAGGAAGACCUGAGAGAGUGUGGCAUUGAUGUGAGAGAAGCAUCAGUGUACUCAGGAUUGUGCACUCAGAUCUUCAGAGAGGAGCUGGGCUUGUAUCAGGGGAAAGUCUUCUGCUUUGUUCAUCUGAGCAUUCAGGAACAUCUAGCUGCUCUAUAUGUGCACCUCUCCUGGACAAACCACAACAGAAAUGUGUUUGACCAGUUCACCAAACAGAGUUUACUGUCUAAAGUGAAGAAACAGUUUAAACUCAGUUCAUCAGAAGAUGUUUCAUUAUCUGAGCUGCAUCAGAGAGCUGUGAAAGAGGCUCUACAGAGUAAAAAUGGACAUCUGGAUCUUUUCCUGCGGUUCCUUCUGGGUUUGUCAGUGGAGUCUCAUCAGAUUCUCCUUCAACGAAUAAUGAAGCUGAAAAGCAGCAGCUCUGAAAGCAAUGAGGAAACAGUUGAGUACAUCAAGAAUAAGAUCAGGACCAUUGAGUCUCCAGAGAAAUCCAUCAAUCUGUUCCACUGUCUGAAUGAACUGGGUGAUCGUUCACUAGUGGAGGAAAUACAACAGUAUCUGAAAUCUGGAGGAAUAAAGGAAACCAAACUCUCUUCAUCUCAGUGGUCCGCUUUAGUUUUUGUGUUGUUGACAUCAGAAGAGGAACUGAAUGAGUUUCGUCUUGAUAAAUUUGUUAAAGGAAAGAAUAAUCCUGAAAAUAUGAAAGUUCUUCAGAAGUUGCUGCCUGUGAUUAAAGAAUCCAGAUCAGUUCAGUUGAGUUAUUGUGGUGUCACAGAUGAAGGUUGUGCUGCUCUGACUUCAGCUCUGAGAUCAAACCCCUCACACCUGAGAGAACUGAAUCUGUCUGAGAAUAAACUAAGAGAUUCAGUGAAGCUGCUUUCUGAUGUACUACAGGAUCCUCGCUGUAAACUGGAGAUACUGUGGUUGAGUGAUUGUGGUGUCACAGAUGAAGGUUGUUCUGCUCUGACUUCAGCUCUGAGAUCAAACCCCUCACACCUGAGAGAACUGUAUCUGUCUGGGAAUAAACUAAGAGAUUCUAGUAAGAAGUUACUCUCUGAUCUGAAGAUGGAUCCACAUUAUAAACUGCAGACAUUACUCUAUUGACUCUCAGUGUUUAGACGUCAGUUCAGUUUCCUCAGGAUCAGCUGAUGGUGAAUAAGGAGCCGCUUCAGAGACGUCACAGACACACAAUCAACACAGACUGUGUGAUGGGGACACAAGAAUUUAGAGAUGUUCAUUUUCCUGACCGACUCCCUACGCUCGUUAUCUAAUUAUUGACUGUUGACAAAAUUAUAAUGUGAAAUUAGAUUUAAAUAAGAUUGGAAUUAAUAUGUUUGUGACCCACUGAAAGUGGACCCUUAACAGUUUCUAUUAAUGUCUUAUUCUUAUCUGUAUGACCAAAACUCAUUUUCACUGUAAUAAGGAAAACAAAAAAUCAAGUGAUUGCACACGGAUCUCAUGGGGAACAUUUGUAUUCGUGCAGAAUUAGAUGUUGAUAUAUUUCUCUUUAAAUACUUUUUAUGUUGUUUAUAACAAAUAAUUUUAUAGCUGCUUAUAUUUUCUGCUUUGUAUUUUCCUUUGUUCUGAAUACCGUAAAAUUUAAAGGAUUCGCAAAUGAUUUUUUUUUCCCUCAACACAAUUUUGACUGAUAUGUGUACAGCAGAUAUUUUAAAUGUAUUUUUUAUCCAUGCAGCAAAUGUUUAAAAAAAAAAACUUUGGGGAGAAAAAAAAGUUUUUAACCUUUAUGGGUAGCUUAAUGUAAAACAUUGUCAUGAAUUUGCAAACCAAUGUACAACCAGCUGGGAUGCACAGAUGCACUACCUUAAAUCUCACAGUUAAUCAAAGUCUUCGAAACUCAUUUAAUGAGACAAACCCGGUCUAUAAUAUCUGCAUCUCAUUAGGCUUCGGUUAAUAAGAUACCAAACAUCAAGGGAAAUGUGAGACUAAGACUGUGAUUAAAACAUUUUUUUCCAGAGAUGGAUGAUGA